AAAAUACGCGCAAUCGCUGUUGUGGUGUGUUUUGGAGUGGUUGCAAAGGCGAUCCACUGAAACAUUGGUUUGGGUUUUAAUUGCAAGAAUUUGGGGAGGAUCAGGAACUGUGACGGGUGAUCGGAUUGAAAAGGAGCUUUUAAAAUAUUAAGAGACCGAAGAGCCGUGAGCAGUAGCGACAAUGUCUCAGGCAAGGGUUACUGAUUUCUUUGCCCAGAAUAAGAAAGCAGGCGGCGUAUUUCAGUCAAAACGACGAAAAAACCCCGUUUUAGAAGAUAAUGUGGUCUUGAGAAGCGAAACUGGUCUUCAACUGCAGGGAAAUGCCAGUGCAACCAGGUCGAGAAGCAAAACGAAUAAAGCAGGAGCGGUGGGGGAAAUUCACAAUGGAGUGAAAUCCCAGCCUAAAAAAGUUAGGGCGACUCGAGCCAAAAAAGUAAUUGCCAAGAAUGAGGUGGCAGUGGAUUCGAGCGUGGAUGUUACGACAGCACCAGUUAAUACGGGUAUCCCCGACUGCUCCGAGGAGAAAGUGGCUAUUAGAAUCGAGCCCCCCCGCACACCCAAACGCGACCCUGGCCACGCCGAGUCGAUCCUGGUGUCCGCCAUCAAGUCUCCAGGGCACAGCUCCGGGAAGAAACGCACCUGGCAAGAUGCGGAUCGUGAGGCGCACCGGGUCAGAGAAACGGAGACUGUGAAGAAGUCUGCCCGGAAGAAGCUAAUCCUCCACAAAGGGGAAGAAACACAACAACAGAUUUCCAGUCCUGUAUCGAAAUCAGCCGUCAAGCCCUCCACCCCGUCCUCAGUUGACAAGAAUGUGAAGAACUUGGUGAACCGGAGCGCCACCUCGUCCCCGGCUGGCAAACAGGAGAAGAGUGGCAGCGCUGAGCUGGGGGCGCCCGCAAGCAAGACCGUCUCCAGGGAGGAUUUAGCAUCGCUGAAGGCCCGUCUCCAGAAGAUCCAGGAGCAGAGCCAGCGAGCUGCUCGCCCCCCCGCAGCCUCCGCCCCGGCCCCUGCAGAGCUGACCAUGCGGCUGGAACGAGCGCGGGAGCUGGGGGCCAAGGUGCGAGAGAGGAAAGAGAGGGCACCUGCCCCCGAGCUGCCAGCGAGCCAGGCCCAGCCUGAAGAGAGUGAGAAGGCACCUGCAUACCAGCGAUAUCACACCCUUGCCCAGGACCUCCCACCUGGCCUCACACUGCCGUACAAGUACAAGGUACUGUCAGAGAUGUUCCGCAGCAUGGACACCAUCGUGGGCAUGCUGUUCAACCGCUCAGAGACGGUCACCUUCGCCAAGGUCAAGCAGGGCGUCCAGGACAUGAUGCGCAAGCAGUUUGAAGAGCAUAAUGUUGGCCAGAUCAAGACUGUGUACCCCACUGCCUACACCUUCCGCCAGGAGAAGAACAUCCCCACCUUCAGCCAGACUGUAAAGAGGUCCAGCUACCAGCUCACUGUCGAGCCACUACUGGACGGAGCUUCAGAGAAGAGUGAGGGGCGCCUGCAGCUCUCUGCAUCCUGCCAGCUGGAGAGGAGACGCAUCUUCAACAGGAACCUUGUUAACAUAGUCAAGGAGCACCACAAGGUGUUCCUGGCCUCCCUGAGUCCUCCCCUGACUGUCCCGGAUGACAAGCUGACCCGCUGGCACCCCCGCUUCAGUGUGGACGAGGUGCCCGACAUCGUGUCUGCAGACCUGCCCCGCCCGCUGCAGCUCGGCAAGCUUACCACUGCGCAGGAGGUGCUGGACAAGGCGCGCAGCUUAGUGACGCCAAAGAUGGAGAAGGCCCUGGCUAACAUGGCUCUCAAGACGUCUGAGAGGGUCAGUGAGGAACAGAAAGAAUCUCCUGUGAAGCCUCCCCAGGCUGCCCCUCUCGCACCAGCACCCACACCAGCUGCUUCCAGUGCCCUCAAAGGGGUCUCUCAGUCCCUGCUCGAGAGGAUCAGAGCGAAGGAGGCCCAGAAGCUGCAGGCCCUGAUGACCCGGAACCCGCAGCAGGAGCAGCGCCUGCUGAUGAUGUCACGGCUGGCGGAGUUGGCGCGGAUUCUCCGCAGCGUCUUUGUGGCUGAGAGGAAGCCGGCUCUCCUCAUGGAAACUGCCUGCAGCCGAGUCAUUGCCAGCUACCGCUCCCUCAUGGCUGCAGGUGAGAUGGAGAAGCACCUGAGACUUCUGGCAGAACUGCUUCCUGAUUGGCUUGCGAUCCAUCCAAUCAGAAAGGACAUCUACCUGAAGCUGAACAAGAGUGUGGAUCUGAAUGUGGUGGUGGAGAGACUAAACCAGAAGACUAAGGAAGCAGAGAGGGCUUGAAACAAUUUCCCCAACAUCAUGACUGUUUUACUGCUGUGCAGAUUUUAUUUUUUUUAAAUCUACCAUCUCAGCCUUAAGGGGCAUGUGAUUUUAAACUUAUCGGAUAUAAGUAAAGUUGGGUACUGUUUCCUUUUUUUUUUAAAUCUAAACACUGAACUUGUACAGAACUGUUACGGGAUUAUUCUUGGUUCUGAGGAGUUGGGUUUUGUUUAAACAAUCAGUAUCUGUGGACUCCCAUCAUCAGUUGAUUGCAGUGUUUUGAAGAAUUCGUAUGCUUUCUUAAUACACUAGUUCAAUAAGUUGUUUUAUUUUGUGAUCAAGACAUGUGUAAAGUAAAAAGGACAAUCAUUACUGGCACGCUAUAUAAGCCUGUCAGCAUUUUAGAUCACAUUUCUGUAUUUCACACACUGCAGUGGAAACAGAAUGACCAGCCUGCAUUGAUAUUUGUUUGAAGUCUAUUCACAUUUAUUUAUUUUUUUUUUUAAAAGACAUUCAUUGUGUUACAUCAUUGAGUAAUGUAUACCUGAGUAUUGUGGCUGGUUUUUAAUGGAAUGGCUUGAUUAAAAUUGUUCUGUUUUAUUUUGUUAGUACUGUUCCAUAUCAACAGAGCUCUGUCACACAACUGCUGCCAAGCCUGGGUGUGACCCAUUAACACCAAUACUCUCACGAAAACAUCAGGUACAUACCCUGCAAUUAUGAACAGUUUUUCCGACAGCAGUUUGAUUCUCUUUGCCGAGUAAUUAUAAAUUCAUACAUGGUUUAUGGGUGUAGAAAACUCACUGACAAUGUAUGAAUAAUACAUCUGUUAAUACAUCUGAUCUGUUGCUGUAAGUAAUUUAGAAAUGGGCCCUAUUUGUUUCAAUUCAAAUGCUUUUUUAUGUUUGUAUUUUUAUUUAUUUUUUUUGGCAUGUAUCACUUUGGUGUUAUACCCAGCGGUUCAGUAAAAGGAAGAAAACAGUA